AUGCCGCGAAAGAACAGGAACAGCAAAAAGAAAGCCCAGGCCACCGGCACCGGUGACAACCGUCAGGUCGCGGUCAACCGUAAAGCGUUGUACGACUACGAGAUCCUGAACCGAGUAGAAGCGGGCCUGGUGUUGACCGGUACCGAGAUCAAGUCAAUUCGCGCCGGAAAGGUUGACCUGCGCGACGCCUUCGCGCGCGUGCAGGGCGGAGAGUUGUGGCUCCACGGGGCACACAUCGCGCCGUAUGAUGCGGGUAGCUACAUGAAUCAUGAGCCGCGGCGCGUGCGCAAGCUCCUCGUGCAUGGCAGCCAAAUCAGCGAGCUGGCAUCCCAGAUGGCGGAAAAGGGAUUGACUCUGGCCGCGCUGCGCCUUUACCUGAAGAACCACCACGCGAAGGUCGAGCUGGGCGUCGCUCGGGGAAAGCGGCAGUACGACAAACGCCGCACCAUCAUCGAGCGGGAACGGGAGCGGCAGGCACGGCAGGCGGUGAAAGAGUGGAGGGAGUGA